AUGCCGGAUCAGACUGAAAAUUUCGACAACAAGCAACUGGGACGAGAGAGUCAAAUGAAAACAGGAGAUGAAUCGAGAUAUGAAACGAGAUACGAAACUGAAAAUGAAAAUGAAAAUGAAAACGAAAAUAGACCAGACGACUGGAACUAUCCAAAACGCAAUCUGAUCAAACUCAUUGCUGGAUACUAUGGAUUUAUCGUAUUUGGCAUGGCAGACUCGUCGAUAGGAGUGUUACUACCCAGUUUAGAACAGCAUUAUAAGAUAGACUACCUGGUUGUAUCAAUAGCAUUUCUAACUCCGUUCACAGGAUACGGAGUGGCAGCACUUUUGAGUGACAAGCUUCACAGAAUGUUUGGCAGGUGGGGAGUGUGUACAAUGGGCACCAUCUGCCAGUUGAUUUGUUAUAUUAUAGCCUGUACAGCACCACCGUAUCCAGUUUUCGUUAUAGCAUAUGGUAUUGGUGGAUUUGGCAACGGGUGUUUAGAAUCAGCAUUAAACUCAUGGAUGGGUGGGUUGGACCAUGCCAACCAGAUCCUGGGUCUUCUUCACGGGUUUUACGGUUUAGGAGGUAUUAUCUGUCCAGCCAGUUUUACAGGAAUUAUUGGCAGUGGGGUCAAAUGGAACUACUGCUAUUUCCUAAUGAUCGGGAUGAGUGUGAUCUCGGUAGUAUUCAGUAGCAUAGCAUUCUGGGGAGACACUGGUGCCCAUUAUAGAGAGAAAAUUGAUAACAGUGAUAAGGAACUGGCCAGUAUUGAGACCAUGACCACCGAUAGCAUUUUACAAACUGACAAAGCCCAGAAUCAAUCUGGCAAUAAUAACGAGCAGGAUGCGUCGAAAAAUAAAUCGACCUCGAUGAUGAAAGAGGUGUUGACCAACCAACUUGUAUGGCUGCUGUCCGCUGUCCUUUUCCUUUACGUAGGAGCCGAGGUCGCAUUUGGAGGCUGGAUAUCCACGUUCAUGAUCAAGGUGCGUCAUGGUAUCGAGAAGAAGAUGGGAUAUGUGACGACCGGGUUCUGGGCAGGACUCACCAUUGGCCGGAUGAUUAUAGGUUUCCUCAUAGGCCAUUACGGAGCAGAAGACUAUUUCGUGCUCGGGUUUCUUUCGGCCAGUAUCGGAUUCCUGCUCAUCAUCUGGCUAGUGCCUGUUCUCGUCCUUUCAGCUGUAUUCGCCGGACUCUUUGGGGUUGCCAUCGGCCCGCUAUUCCCGACAAUCGUGGUCGCUGCCAUGAAAAAGCUGCCUGUCCGACUCCACGUCAGCGGAGUCGGGUUCUGUGUGGCUAUAGGAGGCGCCGGAGCGGCCAUUCCGCCCUUCAUCAACGGUGUCGUGGCCAACAAAUUCGGGCCCCGUGUGCUCGGCCCGUUCGAGGUGGUGCUUCUCGGGCUGAUGUUGGCGACCUGGAUCGUAGUUAUCAGGUUCCAUCCGUCGAAGUAG